AUGGGAGGCCCGGGUCGAGUCUCUGUUAGCUCCAACGACAUCCCAGACCACGUCCGCAGGACGCUGCAGAGAGAACGCCAGGUUACAUUCUGGGGAUGCUGUCGUCAGUAUCCCAAGGCUGUAGCGUGGUCUCUGAUGUUGUUCUGCACCAUCAUCAUGGAGGCCUUUGACAAGUCGCUGAUACAAGGCUUCAUUGCGUUUCCACCCUUUCGCAGGAGGUAUGGGACCCCAAUAACAAACAUUGACGAUCCAACCGUCACGCAGGACUACGAGAUUUCGCCAACAUGGCAGAUGGGGCUGCAGAAUGCCGCCAUUGCUUGCGAAAUCGUUGGUCUCCUUGCCCAUGGUUACAUCACUUAUCUUAUUGGGUAUCGGAAGAUGUUGGUCCUUUGCAUGAUUUGGCUCAUGAUUGCUAUCUUUGCCUCCUUCUUUGCCAAUAGCAUCGCCAUGCUUGCAGUUGGACAGGCACUUUGUGGCUUCCCUUGGGGCGUUAUUCAGACCCUCGCCGCCACCUACGCCGCCGAGGUCGUCCCAUCAACAUUGAGGGCCAUUUUGCUCAGCAAUGUCAACAUGUGCUGGUUGAUUGGGCAGUUUGCAGCAAUGGGCGUUCUUCGCAUCUUUGUCGACGAUGAAACUGAGUGGUCUUAUCGAUUGCCAUUCGCGAUUCAAUGGGCCAUCGCCGUGCCUCUGAUCAUUGGCGUGUGCUUUUGCCCCAACAGUCCAUGGUGGCUUAUUCGUCACGAACGACCGGACGAAGCUCGCAAGGCUUUGAAACGACUUACCAACGGCCACAAUCUUAACAUCGAAGACACCAUCGUCGUCAUGGAGCACACGAACCAGCUCGAAAACAAGUACAAUUACGGAGGCGCGAGCUACAGAGAUUGCUUCAAGGGUGCGAACCGUCGCAGGACUGAGAUUGCCUGUGCUGUCUGGGCGUGUCAGGCCCUCUGCGGUUCUACCUUAACCUCGUACGGGGCCUACUUUCUUACCCAGGCUGGGUUUAAUGCCGCACACUCAUUUACACUGUCGACUGGCAUGUACGGCAUGGGCAUCUUGGGAGGCAUGAUCUCUUGGAUCUUUCUCUCAUUCGUCGGCAGACGCAAGCUUUAUCUGACUGGAUUGUCAUGUGCCCUUGGCUUUUUGACCGUCGGUGGAAUUUCGUCAGUUGCCCUGGCAUCGACUGGUGUAACCAACUGGAUCUUGGGUGGCAUCAUCAUUGCCAUGACUUUCACUUACAACAUCACAAUCGGUCCUGUCUGCUAUGUACUUGUUGCCGAAAUCCCCUCAACAAGACUCCGCGUCAAAACAGUUGCACUUGCAAGAGUCACAUACAACAUCUUCAUGAUGCUCAACAACGUCGUGGUCCCACAAAUGCUGAGCCCAACGGCAUGGAACCUCAAGGGCAGGGUGUGUUUCGUGUACAUUGGCACCACCAUCCUGUGCCUAAUAUGGGCUUACCUGAGACUACCCGAGUGCAAGUCACUGUCAUAUCUCGAGCUGGACAUCUUAUUCGAGAAGAGGGCGCCUACGAAAAAGUUCAAGGAGUUUCAGGAUCGUCUGCAGGGUACGGCUUACAUGAGCGCUUCAAGGAUCGAGAGGUCUAAAAACCCUUGGCAUGGAUGGAUGGCUUACUCAUGA